AUGGAACACCGCGUCGGCGCCGUCGUGACGAGGCUCUGUCUGACACACCGCUGGUCAGCCGGUUGGUGGUGGAACGUCGCAUCGGCAUCGUCUAGACGAGGCUCCGCCUGGUACGCCGUUGAUCAGCCGGUGGGAUGGAUCUCCGAAUUGGCACCGUCGACACGCGCCCAUCUGGUGCACCGUAGGAGACCGCAGGCUUGCGGCAAUGCCGUAAGCCAUUGGCAAAUUCGAGUCGUUCUUCCACUGCCAAAAAAACUCGUGGCCCACAGUGGAGUUCGGCCGCGCCGGCACAUCAAGCAGCCCCUAUUCAGGGGUCAGGGCACUGCUUCCUUCGGGGGGGCCUGGAAAAGCUGGCCUAAAAAUUGCUGGGGAACCACGUCGUCUGCUGGCGCACCGUGGUCGCAGACGCAAAACUCACGGUCGAAACAAUCAAACUCGAAACAACAACAACAACCAUACUCAUUCCCCUCAUCCUACCUCUUCUACCUCUACCUCCGUCUAUUCUUCUGCCUAUUCUUCUCCUUCGUCAUCUUCUUCUCCAUCUCCUUCCCAUCGCCCCACUCGUUUUCCCCAGACUGGCAGGGUGAGCCCGCUCACUCUGGCAGCCUGGAAUGUUCGUUCCCUUUUAGACAUUCCGAGGAGCAACCGACCGGAACGGAGGACGGCGCUAGUGGCACGAGAACUGGCGCGCUACAAGGUGGACAUCGCCGCACUCAGCGAGACCCGAUUCUCCGAACAAGGCCAACUGGAGGAGGUGGGUGCCGGUUACACCUUCUUCUGGAGAGGCCGACCCAGGGCAGAGCGACGAGAUGCGGGCGUCGCCUUCGCCAUCCGGACGGACAUCGUGGGACGACUGCCCUGUUUGCCGCAGGGCAUCAACGAUCGCCUGAUGAGCCUCCGCCUGCCUCUCUGGGGAGGCAAAUUCGCCACCAUCAUCAGCGCCUACGCUCCGACGAUGACCAACCCCGACGCCGUCAGAGACAAAUUCUACGAGGACCUGCACGCCCUCUUGGCGACUGUGUCGAAGGCGGACAAGUUGAUUGUCCUUGGCGACUUCAACGCCCGCGUCGGCACAGACCAUACUGCCUGGAGGGGAGUGGUGGGUCCUCACGGUCUCCGCGGCUCCAACGACAACGGCCUGCUUCUCCUCCGCACCUGCGCAGAACACCGCCUCACCCUGACGAAUACCUUCUUCUGUCUGCCGGAGCGAGAGAAGGCCACCUGGAGGCAUCCUCGGUCGCGUCAGCGGCACCUGCUGGACUAUGUCCUCGUCCGGAGGCGAGAUCAGCGGGACGUGCUGGUGACGAAGGCGAUCGCGGGUGCUGACGGGUGGACCGACCAUCGCCUCGUCAUCUCGAAGAUGCGUAUUCGCCUACAGCCUCGCAGGAGACCACAAGGUAAGCGACCCCCAGGUAAGCUAAAUGUUGCUUUGUUGUCUUUGCCUGCUCACCGUCUCCAUUUCAGCAAUGAGCUAGCUCAACGGCUAGACAACCUUCCUAUCGCUGCCGCCGCCGCUGCCGAGAACGCCUCCGUGGAGAACCGCUGGUGUCAACUGCGUGACACAGUCCAGUCGACGGCGCUCGCCGUCCUCGGUCGCGCUCCCCGCCAACACCAGGACUGGUUCGACGACAACGACGCUGCCAUCAGAAAUCUGCUUGCCGAGAAGAACCGCCUACACAAAGCCUACGUAGAGCACCCAACUGAGGAAAACAAAGCUGCCUUCUACUGCAGUCGCCGACAGCUUCAGCAACGACUGCGCGAGAUGCAGGACGCCUGGACUGCUCGCAAAGCUGAGGAGAUCCAAGGCUACGCGGACCGCAACGAAUGGAAGAACUUCUUCUCUGCGAUCAAAGCUGUCUACGGUCCGCCGACGAAGGGCACUGCUCCUCUCCUCAGCGCCGACGGCAGCACUCUCCUGACUGAGAAGACGCAAAUCCUGCAGCGAUGGGCCGAGCACUUCCGAGGCGUCCUCAACCGCGCUUCCGUCAUCUCCGAAGCCGCCAUCGCCCGCUUGCCGCAAGUGGCGACCAACGCGGACCUCGACCUCCCGCCAUCUCUCCAGGAAACGAUCAGGGCCGUGCAGCAGCUCUCCAGCGGGAAAGCACCCGGAUCGGACGCAAUCCCUGCUGAGGUCUACAAGCACGGAGGUCCCCUACUGAUGGAUCACCUGACUGCGCUCUUCCAGGAGAUGUGGCGUCAAGGUGAAGUCCCGCAAGAUUUCAAAGACGCAACUAUCGUGCACCUAUACAAGCGCAAAGGGAAUCGCCAAGUCUGCGACAACCACCGCGGCAUCUCCCUACUGAACAUCGCCGGGAAGAUCUUCGCUUGCAUCCUGCUCAACCGCCUCAACAACCAUCUGGAACAGGGCCUUCUGCCGGAAAGCCAAUGCGGCUUCCGUCGUCAUCGUGGGACCACGGAUAUGAUCUUCGCAGCCCGCCAACUUCAGGAGAAGAGCCAGGAGAUGCGGACCCACCUGUACUCUACCUUCGUGGACCUGACGAAAGCCUUCGACACGGUGAAUCGUGAAGGACUGUGGAAGAUUAUGCAGAAAUUCGGCUGUCCGGAGCGAUUCACUCAGAUGGUGCGUCAGCUGCACGACGGUAUGAUGGCGCGAGUCACGGACAACGGAGCUGUCUCAGAGGCAUUCGCAGUGACCAACGGAGUGAAGCACGGCUGUGUGCUGGCGCCUACCCUCUUCAGUCUCAUGUUCUCUGCCAUGCUGAUGGACGCCUACCGCGACGAACGCCCUGGAAUCCGCAUCGCCUAUAGAACGGACGGUCAUCUCCUGAAUCGCCGGCGCAUGAACUUCCAAUCGCGUGUAUCCACAGCCACCGUGCACGAACUCCUCUUCGCCGACGACUGCGCCCUGAACGCCACCUCAGAAGUGGAGAUGCAACGGAGCAUGGACCUAUUCUCCGCCGCCUGCGAGAACUUUGGGCUUGUUAUCAACACCCAGAAGACGGUGGUGAUGCAUCAGCAGCCUCCCAGCUCAGCCACAGCCCCCAACGCGCCGCAAAUCAACGUGAAUGGGACUCAACUGCAAGUGGUAGAGAACUUCCCGUACCUGGGCAGCACGCUCUCCCGCAACAGCAAGAUCGACGACGAAGUCGCCAACAGGAUCUCGAAAGCCAGUCAAGCCUUCGGUCGCCUCCGAAGCACAGUUUGGAAUCGUCAUGGUCUCCAACUGAGCACAAAGCUGAAGAUGUACAAGGCCGUCAUCCUGCCGACGCUACUGUACGGAGCGGAGACCUGGACGGUGUACACGAGGCAGGCACGUCGACUAAACCACUUCCACCUCAGCUGUCUCCGCCGCAUCCUGAGGCUGAACUGGCAGGACCGCAUCCCCGACACCGAAGUGCUGGAACGGACGGGAAUUCUGAGCAUCUACUCCAUGUUGAGACAAAUGCAGCUGCGCUGGAGCGGCCAUCUGGUGCGCAUGGACGACGAGCGACUACCCAAACGACUCUUCUACGGAGACGUCGCGACGGGUUCUCGUCGUCAAGGAGGCCAAAUUCGCCGUUACAAAGAUACUCUGAAGUCCUCCCUGAAGCGCCUGAACAUCAACCCGACCAACUGGGAAGAGCUCGCCCGCGAUCGUCCGACAUGGAGGAGAACAGUGAAAAGGGGCGCUGCUAUCUACGAAGCCAACCGCAUCGCCGCCGCCAAAGUGAAACGCGAAGUCCGCAAAUCACAACUUCGCCCAAUACGCAACGCCGCCGCACAACUUCUCCCUACGUGUCCUCGAUGUCAACGGACAUUCCGGGCACGAAUUGGACUUGUUGGACAUCUUCGAACCAACUGCACCUCUCGAACUGCUCCAGCCAUCGUCCACGCGCCCGCCUCUUCCUCGUCCUCGCUUCCGCCAACUAACUCUGACACUCCUUCUGCACCACCACUUCCAUCCUCCUCCUUCUCCUCCUCUGCCCCAGCGGUGGCCAUUCAGGCUGCCGUCUCACACAUCGCCAACCACGACACAGCAACCGCAACCACCCCCACCUGCACUCACUGCGACCGCACCUUCACCUCACACAACGGCCUGGUCGGUCACUUGCGAAUCCAUCGCACAGAGACUGGUGAACCAGUGCCUGGAGCACCAACCUACACCCACCGCACUCGCCUCCACUGCCCACAAUGCCCUCGCACCUUCCGGCAUCGCAUGGGCCUAUUCGGCCACAUGCGCAUCCACGAGAGCGGAAUUGACCGCAGCCUUGACACACCCACCCCGCCGAGCCCCACUCCCAAUCCAUCACCUUGUGCACCCACUAACCACUCCCCAGCCGACAUCGACGCCACCGACCUUACCACCCCUCACUCCCCCCCUUCCUCCUCCACUUCCUCCUUCAUUGCCACAACGACGGCCACUCCGGCGUCUGUAGCGCACGACUUCACCGCAGCCGCACCUGACACAACAACAGGCACAACCCCUGCAACCUCCAUCAACAAAUGUGAGGGCCCGGACUACAUCUGCCCUCACUGCGAUCGCACCUUCACUUCACGCAUCGGCCUGGUCGGUCACUUGCGAAUCCAUCGCACAGAGUCUGGCGAACCAGUGCCUGGAGCACCAACCUACACUCACCGCACUCGCCUCCACUGCCCACACUGCCCUCGCACCUUCACGCAUCGCAUGGGUCUAUUCGGCCACAUGCGCAUCCACAACGACCUGCGGUAGACAACCGCCGGUCACACCACACAUUCCCUCACUCCCUACCUCAUAACAUCAUCACCCCACUAGACCUCAACCCUCACACACCUCAUGCACUCAACUGCCGCCUCCCACGCAAGUGGGAAGUGUGCAUCUCGACUCGGUCCCCAUGCGGCCUCGGCUGCACGAGUGACUUGAGUCCGAGACUAUCCCGACACGUCAAGUGUCGUGGAUAGGAAGGUUGCUGAUUGACGCCCGUUCUCGGUUCACGCAGUUCGUCACGUUGUGUGUGUGUCGUGUAGUGGCGGACUGGUGGGCUGGGGACGGGCUGAAGCAGCACCUUCUACGGCCCUCUCACGCAUGUGAGAGACACGCCGUUCAACUCCCGUUGUGUGAAAUCCUGGUGUUUGUGUGUAUGGGGGGCCAGGUCGUGCUGUGGCGCGCGCAGGCAUGGUCAGUCGACCAUGUCAGCCACCGCGCCCAUUCCCCACUCCAGUCUACUGACCGGCUCGGACAGUGGCUGGGGUGUGGGAAUGGGAAGGGAGAGUGAGGUCGUCGACUCAGCGCAUUUUCCUCACUAUAAACAAUCUGACGCGCUUGAAGCUAUCACGGUGCGCCAAAAGCCGUGGCUUGGAAGGUUGCCAACUGACGGGGUACCUUGGACCUCUUCCAUUACUGGAGGCGGUCUGAGAGUCAGGCUGCAAUGGCUCCCUUUUAAUGUGGCCUUUAUGGCAUUCCCACCACAGUGUGGGAUCCGAGCCAGGCGUUGGCGGCACGCCCAGGUGCGGCUUCGGCCGUACCAGCCUCCAAAUCUAUGUUGUGUUGGUUCAAAUCCUGGUUAUUGUUGUGUGGACCAGUGGGUGUGGUGGAACGCCAAGGUGAGGAUCCGUCCGAGCCAUCCACCUGCGGCCUCCCUCGUCUCCGGUCUUCUUGACUCUGUCUUGACACCGGGUUUAGGCGGGGGAGGAGGAGAGAGUGUAGGUAGAUGCUACGCAAGUCUACUGGCACUAUAAACCCCUGCGUAAGUCACCGUCCCUGCUCCCACCGCUGCUGCAGCUGUGGGGCACACGGUGGACAUCGUCGAAAUCGACGGUCGAACUGUCAAUCUCGGUUGCGCUGGCCGGCAUUGGCAUCUCCGUUAGGUAGCUCCAUCUGGAACACCGUAGGAGGCCACAAGGUAAGUGGGCCCCCAGGUAAGCGAACGUUGCUCUGUUGCCUCUGCUAUUUGAUAUUCUUGCCUGUUGGUCUUUUUCUGCUCGCUUGUGUUUGUCCUUAUUGUAAGCUAAAUGCCGUUCUGUUGAAGUUGUCUGUUCAGCGUUUGUAUUUCAUCAGCCAGUCAGCUUAGAGAGGGAGGGGAAAGCUCUGCAUCCCGUCGCCCUACCCUUCCCCCUCCCACCUCCCUUCAAGCUUACGGCGAUGACGUAGGCGAGCCCCAGGUAAUCUGAAUAUUGCUUUGUUGUCUUUGCCUGCUCACCAUCUCCAUUUCAGCAGUGAGCUAGCUCAAAUGUUAGCCAACAUCCCAGUCGCGGCCGCCGCCAUCGAGGAGGACACCUCCGUAGAGAACCGAUGGUGCCAACUCCGGGACACAGUCCAGUCAACGGUCCUGGCUGUCCUCGGUCGCGCACGUCGCCAACAUCAGGACUGGUUCGAUGGCAACGCCGCCAUCAGCAACCCGCCUGCACAAAGCCUACGUCAAUCGUCCCACCGUCAACAACAAAGCGGCCUUUUACCGUAG